AUGUCUGAUCGAUCAACCAACGGCGGUCCUCGCAAUGACACCCAAAAUGCCCAACAAGGCCCUGGGCAUCACGGUGACCAAAACAACCAUCCUGGAGGCACAAACAACAGCCGCCACCCCAACGAUGCUGACAUAACCAUGGACUCACAGUCCAGGAGCAGUGAUGUCGCCGCAAGCACUCCCUAUAUGCCCCAGACAGGGAACCUCGUCGGAAUCGUCAGACAUUCGCCGCAUCAGCAUGACCAGAGAGUAGAUCCCGACCCGGGUAAACGUCGCCGCGAAGAUGUCGCUGGUAGCAGUCGGUGGAUUCCUCAAGCUGGGAAACCUACGGGCAAUUCAUCGUUUUGA